GUCAGAGUUGGGCUAUGCCUUGGAGUUCCAGUUGAUGGGUCCGGGCGGCUGCGUCGAGCCGGAUGAGGAGAUGAGCCCCGGAUCGUCCCGGCCCUCCAGCGACACGCCUCUUUGCAGCUGCAACCGGAUCCUUCAAGAGCGCCACUUCAUGAAGGGGCUGCCGUCCUGUGACCAGAUGUGGGCCGCGAGGGAGACGCGAUCUGUGACUGGCUCAGAGAUCCCAGCACAGCUGGCAGCCAACAGCUUGAUUGGCCUGCUGCCCCCUCCGGGGGGACACCUGCGCCUGCGGCCUGUGGGCGCCGAGGAGUGGGCGCCGGAGCUGCCCUUGAGCGACUCGCCUCAGGCACUGCCUUUUACAACGUUGUUGUCUUUCCCAGAGGACGCCGGCAUUUCGGACACCGUGCUUUGUGUUUGCCACGACCUCUUUGGUGUGCCUGAGGAGGAUGCCCGAGGCGGCUAUCCCGAGGGGGCGUUGCAGCCGCCAGGCUCCAUUGGAUCCGCCCCUCAGGUCCUCUGCCUUCGCCCACUGCUGCGGUUUUCGCACUGCUGCCCUGGUCGAAUGAAGUUGACGGCGCUGCCCCUGGGCACGGCCCUUGCAGAUAGCGGCGAGCGGCAAGCGGUUCAGAGCAAAGGCGGAGAUCCGCGGUCUUCCCUGACGGCGACGAGUCCAAGGAAGCAGGUGCAUUCAGCUCGGGGCCGCUGCUUUUGGGCGGUCUCGUGCAGUUUCCUUUCAAUGAGGCGGACUCGCUGGUUUCCUGGCGGAACUCCGUUCGCUGCAGCCGUGGGGAGGCCGAGCUCCACUUACUGGUGGAGCUCCGGCGCUGCAGGCUGUCGGGCUUGCUUCGCGAUGUCGUUGCGGAGCCCAUGUGGCGGGUGCAAAACGAAACCGGCUCGGACGUCCUUUUCGGUUUGGCUGCAGGCUCUGGGGCAGAAUGCUCGCGUGGGCUUCAUCCCGUCACGCUGCACCGAGCGACCCCGGGUGAAACUUGGUCGACGGCACUAG